GUCACAGGGCGAGGGCGUCAGUCAGACACUGGGCCCAGACAUCAAUCAGUCACAGGGUGAGGGCAUCAGUCAGACACUGGGCCCGGGCGUCAGUCAGACACUGGGCCCGGGCGUCAGUCAGACACAGGGUGAGGGCAUCAGUCGGACACUGGGCCUGGGCAUCAGUCAGACACAGGGCCCAGACUUCAGUCAGUCACAGGGUGAGGGCAUCAGUCAGACAUGGAGCACAGACAUUAGUCAGUUGCAGAACACAGAUAUAAUUCAGACACGCAACUUGGAAGUCAGUCGGACACAGGGCCUGGACGUUAGACAGACACAGGGCACAGACAUGAGUCAGACGCUGGGCCCAGACAUCAGACAGACACAGGGCACAGACGUCAGGCGGACAGGGAGCCUGGAAGUCAGUCAGACACAGGGCACGGACACGAGUCAGACACUGGGCCCAGACAUCAGACAGACACAGGGCACAGACAUGAGUAAGACGCUGGGCCCAGACAUCAGACAGACACAGGGCACAGACGUCAGGCGGACAGGGAGCCUGGAAGUCAGUCAGACACAGGGCACGGACAUGAGUCAGACACUGGGCCCAGACAUCAGACAGACACAGGGCACAGACGUCAGGUGGAUAGGGAGCCUGGAAGUCAGUCAGACACAGGGCACGGACAUGAGUCAGACAGGUGGCCUAGAAAUGAAUCACACAUGGAACAGGCUUGGCACUGCUGUCAGUUUGCCCACACCAAGCACUGGAUCGGUGGCUUUCCUACUCCCGACAUCCCCGCCUAGCACUGCCUUCCCUGUCAGGCCAACAUCUACAGCUGCUGACAGAGAGACAGGAAGAACUGUGCAAGGCACCAGUCAGCAGCUCCCACUGGGAACACGCAGGGCUGCAGGGAAUACAGCCUCACUAUCCACCCCUCCACUGGGAUGGAAACAGAUUUUUAUUGUGGAAGACCAGCUGCCACUGGUCAGAGAGGGUGUCACUGUAAAGAUUCCAACAAAGCUUAUUCUGGACAUGAGGUUUAACCUUCACCUGAAGGACUCAAAAUCAGACGAAUAUCAGAAGCUGGCCAAGGAUUUUGCACUUAAAAUUUCUCCUUUUUAUGACAAGAUUCCUGGGUUUCUGCAGCUGCAGAUUAAACGCUUUAGUGCGGGAAGUGUGCAGAUUGAAUUCGAUGCCAUCUUCAGAUUGACAAAAAUCCAGUCUUUUCUGUUGGAGCCCGACCGCAUCUUCACUGUCAGUGGUCUGCGGCAUGUGAUUUCCGGUGGCUUUGAGAUUGCCGGUGCACGAGUGGUGACGGUGUACGUAACAGAAAAAGUAAUUGCUUCGUGUGGUGAGGUGCUUUUCUGCCAGAAUGGCUUCCAGUGUGUUCACAGCAAGUCAGGAAAUGUCAGCUGUACGUCUCUCUGCCACACUGGCUACUGCAAAAACAGCGGCAUCUGCACUCACAACCGGGGCCAGGCACCCAUGUGCCAGUGUCCCGUAGGCUCUGAUUAUUGGUUCAUGGGCCCCCGGUGUGACCACAGAAUGACCAACCAGAUCCUGAUAGCCAUUGCCUUCGGCGUGGUGUUUGCUUUGCUGGUUGUGCUGGCAGCCGUGGCCUUCGCAGUCCUGAGACGGUUCAAAGUCGUGCUGACUGAGGCAAAAACAGACCAGACCAGGAGUAGUUACAAGCGGUUCAGUCGCUUUGAUGACUUCUCCAAUCAACACCGGUCCCAGUCCUGGCUCAGCUUCUCUGUGAAUUCUUUGGACAACCCUGGAUUCAGUAACUCAGAUGAGCUGAUCCAUCUGCAGAUCUUGGACACCAGUUUCUACUCUUGCUAUGAAGAAUCGGUGACUGGGACGUACAGCAGCCAUAGGACUGGGCAUCAUGGUCAACCAGCUUUCAGACACAGUUUACAAAAUCUGGAUGUUAGUAUUAACAGCAUCAACGAGUACACGGGAGACUCAGGGAAAGCCAGUGAUAUGUCGGUUUGCAGCUGGCCUGGUGAACCCUUCCGGUGGCCACCCUUCCCAAUCCUGUACCAACUCGGCAGGGAAAGGCCGUUCAAAGCCAGACGGCCACACUCAUACUAUGAAGGGAUGGAACUUGUGAGCAUGGAAAGAAAUUGGACGGCCUAAAUAGCAAUAGAAAACAUUCAUCACCCUUUUUCAUCACCCCUUUUUAUGAAGGUCAGGCCUAUUCUUUUUUGGGUUGGGUACAGUUAGGCAUCCUCAUAGAAGAUAUUUCCAUGUUUUUAAAUUGGCCACCUUGUGUAAAAACAAUUAGCCAGCUCAUUUGGGUCUGGAUUUUAAUGUCACUUCCGUGAGCAUAAGUUUCCUGUGGAAACAAGGCUCUGACCUCAGAUUAAACAACACACCAUCUGGAUUCUGCACUCUGACCUCAGCCCUGUGUUAAAUGAUGAGCCAUUUACUUUGGUUCUCAAAGUAGU